AUGGUAGUGGUUUCGCCUCCGUUUUCCGUACCGGCGGAAGGUAUUAUUAUGCAAAGCCCAUCAACCAAAUUGCUUGUAAACGACCAAGAAUUAGGAACUGCAACAUUGUACAUUACUCAGAACAAUGUUGUUUGGGGUGGCGGUGUGGGCAGUAACGGUGGCCCUUCACCUACAAUCUCGCUGCUGUACCCCAGUAUCUCAUUACAUGCAGUGCAAAAGGAACCAUCGCCGGCAUUAUACAUGGUGCUGAAUUACGAGCUCAGAUUGCCUGAACUAACUCAGUCAAGUGGCGAUGCUGGUGAAGAUGACGAUGAUGAUUUUGAUGCAGAUGAUCAACCCAUCACCCAGUUAAGAUUUAUACCGCAGAAUGAGGCCGAUCUAUCAGCCAUGUAUGCAGCGAUGAGCCAAGGCCAAUCUCUACAUCCCGAUCCAGCAGAUGAAGUUGAUGACGAGGACCCAUACCUUGAUGGGGAGGAAUUUGACGAGGGCGAAGAGGAGUUUGAGGAUGCGGAAGAGAUCGAGGCCGCUCCGGCUGAUCGCUUGAGGCAACUGCGUUUGGACAACUCCAAUGGAGCGCAUUACCAAGAUUGUGAAGACGCUGACAUUGGGGAGGAG